AUCGUUUUCUCAGAACUGAGGCGCUGAUGUCUUUGAGAUAACCAGCUGCCUGACAUUGGUUCUCAAGGCUGGGAAAAUAUGAGAAGAUUCCAGCUUUUUUCACUUUUGCUGAUUUUUCUUCUCACAAACCAAAUAUUUGCAUUUAAAGAAAAAAGAAAAUGUUCCAAAGAUGAACAUAAAGAAGCCAUAAGAAUAAGAAAAAAUCAGAACACACCAGAGACCAAAUUUAAAGUGUACGAGGAUGGAAAAGAUGAAGAUUUGUGUCAGAUUGUAACACUUCAAUCAGAAACUCUAGAAAAAUGUUCUUUUAAUACUUCACUUCCUCUAGUAAUGAUAGUUCAUGGAUGGUCGGUUGAUGGAAUGCUAGAAAGUUGGAUCUAUAAGAUGGCUUCAGCAUUCAAGUCAAGCAAAAAACAGACCAAUGUCAUUAUUGCGGAUUGGCUAACCUCUGCCCAAGUGCACUAUCCAGUAGCAGUGCAGAACACAAGAGUAGUUGGGCUAGAAAUAGCUGAAUUACUAGAAUGGCUUGAGUCAUCCAUCCAUUUACCAAUAAGCAAUGUUCAUUUGAUUGGAUACAGCCUUGGAGCCCAUGUUUCAGGGUUUGCUGGCAGUUAUGUGAGUGGCUUAAACAAAAUUGGAAGAAUUACAGGUCUUGACCCUGCUGGCCCACUGUUUGAGGGAAUGUCAUCAACAGAUCGUUUAUCGCCAGAUGAUGCAAACUUUGUAGAUGCCAUUCACACAUUCACCCAGCAACAUAUGGGAUUAAGUGUUGGUAUCAAUCAGCCUGUUGCUCAUUAUGAUUUUUACCCUAAUGGAGGCAUGUUUCAGCCAGGUUGCCACAUCCGACACAUCUACAGCCACUUUGCAGAGUUUGGAAUCUUUGCGCUCAAAGAGACAGUGAAGUGCGCCCAUGAGAGAUCUGUACACCUUUUCAUUGACUCUCUACUGAAUGAUGACAAGCAGAGUGUGGCAUACUGGUGCAAGGAUAUCAACACGUUUGAAAAAGGAGUGUGUCUGAGCUGCAGGAAGAACCGGUGCAACACUUUGGGAUACAACAUUAAGACGAAUAGGCUACAAAGUGGACGAAAGCUUUUCCUCAAAACACGAGCUCAGAUGCCAUAUAAAGUUUACCAUUACCAGUUCAAGAUCCAUUUAAUCAAUCAGCUUAAGGAGAGAGAGCUGGAACCAACUUUCACUGUAUCUUUGACAGGGACAAAACAAGAUGUUGAAAAUGUGCCUUUUUUGCCAAAUGAAAGGGUUAAAGGUAACAAAACAUAUUCAUUCCUUAUUACACUGGACACGGACAUUGGGGAUCUACUUGUGAUCAAGUUUAAAUGGGAGGGACUUGAUGUCUGGACAAAUAUCUGGGAUUCAGUGCAAACAAUCAUGCCUUGGACCUCAGAAGCAGAUCGCCCAGGGCUUCUCAUUAAGACCAUACGAGUCAAAUCUGGAGAGACUCAAGAGCAAAUGACUUUCUGUUCUGAAAAUGUUGACAACAUCAAAGUUCUUCCAUCCCAGGAAAAAAAAUAUGUGAAAUGCGUGAAUCCAAAAAGAAAAAGAGUGAAGAGGCACAGAUGAUUAAGGCAAAAAAUGUAUAAAAUAUAUAUAAGCCAUCCUCAAAGUAGAUGCCUGUGAACAGACUUUUUUUGCUGUUGUCUUUGAUACCUUAAAUAUGAUGUUCUCAAUUUAAUUAAAUGUCUGUGUUCAAUUAAUUUUUAACAACUGACCUGUACUUGAGGAAGCAUUUAAAGACAAAUUAUUAACCACUGCAGUAUGCAAUUGCAAACCUAAUGUGCUCAGUGACUGACUCACUUCUCUGUCAUAUUUUUGCUUAAUGUGCUGAUCAAUUUUCGGUUAUGUUUCAGAGAAUAAUUCUCUUUUUAAUACUUUUGAACUUGAUGUAUUUAUGUUAGAAAUUUUAGGAAAAACACAGCCAGGUUUAAAGAGACAUUAAACUUAAAAACUAUUGUAUCACA